GGUUUGGCUAACUAAAGCUCCACUCACGGCUAAAGCCGGCCAUGAGCCGGAGCCGCGGCAACACUAGCCGUGAUGAUCUUGUGGCAGAGUUGACAAACCUCAUCGUCAAUGAUGAGCAUUUGGCGUUGAUCAGUCCUGGGGGCAUGGGAAAGAGUUCUGUGGCCAAAGCCAUCAUUAAUGAGCCGCUUGUCAUGGAGAAAUUUGCCAAUUGGCGCUUUUUCGUGACUUACGAUGGCCUAGAUCCUUCGACCAUCACCUUCGAAAUUUUUAUGACUCGUUUCGCAAGAACCCUUGGCAUUGAGAUCGCCGGCACUGAUCCCAUGCGGCAGAUUUCUACUUUUCUUCGCUCUGCCAGCGCCCUCAUUGUCCUGGAUAAUGCUGAGACCUUUGAAGAGGCCAGUGCAUCGUCGGCACUUGGAGAAAUACCGCCAGCCAUCGCUGAAAUGGCUAAUAUCCCUGGCGUCAUUCUGGUUCUCACGUCACGCAGUAGAAGAAAUGUACUAAACGUGCGAUGGAUUACCAAGGAUAUUCUGCCACUGGACCUGAGCUCUGCUCAAGUAAUGUUCUUUCAAAUUUAUCAGCACGCCAAUUCUAGCGAAACUGAAGAAGAUAUAAAAGGCUUGCUCGAGGAGUUGGAUUUUCAUCCCCUUUCCAUCAGCAUACUCGCAAACGCUGCACAACAAAAUGGCUGGUCUCCAGCCACGCUGCUCAAGAGAUGGAACGAUCGGCACAGCAAGGUGCUCGACGCUGGCCAGGGGAAGCUGCGGAGCUUGUCAGACACAAUGCAGCUGUCGCUCAGCUCGCCAUCAGUCCAGAAUCUCGGCAAAGAUGGUCUUCGUGCUUUAGCCAUUAUCGCCUUCUCGCCUCAGGGUCUCAACGAGGACCUGGCUACUGAUUUAUUGCCAUCGCUUCCGCAAGUCGACACUAUAUGCGAUGUCCUAUGCAUGCAAUCACUCGUUUAUCAUCAAGAUAACUUUAUCAAGGUGCUCGCCCCCAUUCGGCAUUACGUGCAAGAUUCGUUGCAAGCACCUGACUCUGCGUGUUUGCAAGAUAUGUGUACCUUCUACUAUUACACUGUCCGACGGUAUUCAAACAAACGAGAUAGUCAUGCUGAUAUCAUUAUCUCGGAUCACCUCAACAUCGAGCACGUAAUUGGUAUCAACCUUGCCUGCGUCCAAGAUGGCAAUAAAGAGACCUAUGACAUUUGCUGGAGGUUUUUACAGUGUUUAAAGCAGCAUCUACCUCGCCCGACUACUCUUACCCCUGCUAUUUCCAAUAUCCGAGUCGUCGAAAACUCUUCCACGUGGACGCUAAAAGCACACUGCUUGUUGACUCUUGCGCACCUAUACAGCACACUUUCUCAACUCGUCGAAGCAUCGCAGGCUUUUCAAGCUGCCGAGGCGCUCUACCUCACUGCCGGCAACCCCGAGAGCAUGGGGUAUUGUCUUACAAUUCGUGCAGACGCACUGAGAGCUCAAGGUCGCUUUAUUCAGUCCCAAAAUCUCUUAGAUGAUCUUCAGCACUCCGACUCUUGGGAGUCUCUCAGCGAAACAACAAAAGCCCGAGCUCGGAUUGUUAUGGAUAUGGCCCGGAUGUACACAUUCACAGUAUCUGCGGAUGAACUAUUUGUGAAGUCGACGGAAGAUCAUGUCUGGGGCUUGGAUUCCAAGAUUUGGCACUGGCGGGCCAAAUUUUGUCAUGGGGGAGACGCUGUCCAGGUGCACACCCACUUAGAAGACCUGUUCCUGCAAUCCACAAGUACCGGAAAUCUCUUCAACCGCAGGGACGCACUUGACGGGCUUGCACAAAUAGCAGUUUGUGAAGGCAGGUUAUCCGACGCAAUGGAUAUCCUGCAUACGCUUGUAGGGAUUUUUGAGGGACAACAUUCCGAUGACGCCCUUCGGGCCAUUGUGGGAAAGGCUGUUGUCGCGAGCAAGCAAGGGAAUUGUGACCUUGCGAGGAAGCUCAUACAGAAAGCCUCGGAAUCCUUCCCAUUCUUCGUGGUAAGCAAUGCGCGCAUAUUCCUCCAGCGAUCUUACGGCUCGGCAUGCAUCGAGCUCACCGCAGGCGACUGCGACAGGGCCGAGACUUAUUUCACCACUAUAAUCGAAGCCUGCGACAUGCAAAGCAAUCUGCUGCUCAAGGCAUGCAGCACACGUGGUCUGGGGGAGAUUGCAUUUGCGCGUAGUAAUUUUGCUCUAGCUGCGCAGCGCUUCGAAGAGACACGGUCUUUGUGCGUUGAGAUGGGAGUGCCUGUCCAGCAUCUGUACAGUUGUUGCUUGCCACUCUAUACAUUACCAGACAAAUUCAAAGGAUGGUCGUUAUUCCUGGAGGGCCUAUCGCCAUUUGCGAACGAUACUACGUAGAUCGUAUACGUUAUGUAGCCAGCGGGUUGUAUUUCACGAGUAGUUUCGUCAACAUUGAAUUAUAUCUAUGGCAAGGAA